AUGGGUAUCGACCUGGAUACGUACGAGAAGACCGGCGAGACAAAGGUCGUACCGCUUGCUUCAAGUGCUGAGAUGAAACGUGAGCCGUCACCAAAACCGAUUGAGACACCAUCCGUGCCCCCGUUGAAUCUUCAGGCGAUGAUGCAACAAAUGCAACACGCGAAUCCUUUUCAGUUCAUGGAUCCAGCAGGAAUGAUUUCAGGACCAAUAACCCAACUGUCGCAGUCAAGUACCUCAGGUCGUCGAGCGAAUCGAACCCGUUUCACCGACUAUCAACUCCGGACUUUGCAGCAGUUUUUCGACAAGCAGGCCUACCCAAAGGACGAUGAUCUGGAGGUGUUAAGCAAGAAACUGCAGCUGAGUCCGCGAGUGAUAGUGGUGUGGUUUCAGAAUGCUCGACAAAAAGCUCGAAAGAUCUAUGAAAAUCAGCCAAAUCACGAGAAUGCCGAUCGAUUUGUACGUACGCCAGGAUGUAACUUUCAGUGUAAACGGUGCAGUCUAGUCUUCCAACGUUAUUAUGAGCUCAUACAACACCAACAGAAAAAGUGCUAUAAAGAUGAUUGUCAGGCGCAGGCGAAUGAUAACAAGGUCGUUGAGGAAUCACUCACGGACGAGGAGAAGGCGCAGCUCAUCCAGCAGACAGCUCUCGCCAGCAUCAACGAUGCAAAGCCGGCCGAUCUAGCGAAACUCCUCGGUGCGAGUAAAUCGAGCACUGAAGCGCUUCUGAAACUGUGCGAAUCGGCGAACACCCCACCAUCGUCCACGUUUCACAAGCGAUGCCCGUUUUGUGGCCUGUUGUUCCGAAGCCGUCAGUCACUUCAAGAGCACAUUCCUGCACGGCAUCCACAACAACAUUCGGUGACCCCAGUCGAUAUCGAUCUCCUGCCAAAUGCAGAAGAUGUAAGCGUCACGACGUCGUCUACGGUUGGCCCUCGACAGAAUAUCUCGGUUCCUCUUCAGGUUCCUGUACUCAUUCCUCCCACCAACACCACCGAGACCAAAGACCUUGCCGGUGCGCUUGAUCUGAGCAAUGCGUCUCAAGAACGUGACACGCUAUCAAUGUCGCCGUUCCUUGGCCAAUCGGAUGAUGAUCCAACGGAGUUCAUUGAGGAAACUUCUGCCUCUUAUGCUGGUGGCUCGUCACAGUCUCGAUCACCAACCAGUAACAAGCGCUACCGUACUCAUCUCACACCCACUCAAGUUCAUAGGAGCUUUACGAGUGAUGAAGAAGCGGUGUUCGGUGAUUUACAAGACUCUCCGUCGAUGACGGAAUGCGAAGCACUGGGUCGAGAGAUCGGUCUGCACAAGCGAGUGGUCCAAGUGUGGUUCCAGAAUGCUCGAGCCAAGGAACGGAAGACGCGAACAGCUAGCGGUGAAGAAGAGGCGACUCGUUCGACAUCUACAUCUUGUACAAUGUGCUCUGUGGAAUACGGUGGACGAAUAACGCUCCAGGACCAUCUGUUCUCCCUGCAACAUCUGAACGGCCUGAAAGCGCAACUCAAGGUCGAUGCUGCUACCACCGAAACCCCGUCAACCACGUUCCCGAGCGAAAACGGUAGCGAACGGCGGCCACCACCAGCAGCAAGACCAACCAAAACCACAAUGCCGUCACAGUUGAGCAGUCUUAAUCUAAACGGGUUCCCAUUCAGUUUCAUGAACGGGAUGAUGCCAGGAGCGCUUCCUCUGGUCUAUGAUCCGGCAAUGUUUGGAACGCCGGUCGCUAUGCUUCAGAUUCCUGAGUCUGUGAAAUUACGCAUUAAAUCGGACAUUACUGCUGGUCUUUCUUCCACAAGAUUCACUCAAGAUGGCUUAAGUGUUGACGAGCUUCGGAAGAAACUGGAACCCGAAGAUGCUCGGACGCUUUGUCAUAAAGAAGUCGAGGUCGGUUGGGCAUGUCCUUCUUGCACGAAUGUCUUCCAACAAGAGGCUCUCCUAAAAAAUCAUCAACGGACUAUGUGCCAAGGAACGGAUGCGGUUUUCACACUGGUUCAAAUUCACUACGAAUGUACAACAUGCUUGACUAAACUGGGUACGCAGGCCGAUUAUCGAGCGCAUUGCGAGAGCGCUGAGCAUCGUGCAAACGUACAAGGCACCUCCACCACCACAACCACCACCAGCAGUACGUCUGCUCAAUGA